AUGGCGGACACGCCGGCGGCAAUGGCGGGCAUGGUGGCGCACGACCAGCAGCAGCAGCACCACCAUAGGAUGAGGCGGCGCCCGCGGGCAUCGAGCGAGUACCUGGGCGUGCGGUGGCGGCCGUGGGGGCGGUACGCGGCGGAGAUCCGCAACCCCUUCACCAAGGAGCGACACUGGCUCGGCACCUUCGGCACCGCCGAGGAGGCCGCGCUCGCGUACGACCUCGCCGCCGUCUCCAUCUCCGGCCCCGGUACAGCGCGCACCAACUUCUGCUACCCUGCCGCCGCCGCCGCUGCCACGUCCGCGUAUCCUCCGGUUACUGCACCACCUUGUCCGCCAAAACAGCUGUCUCCGCCGGCGUCGCCGUUCUACUAACAAUAUAUUGCCAAUGAUGAAUACUGCCUUCCAAUCGAGGUCGACGCCGAGGCCGACAACGAGUCACUGACGAUCGCCACCAUACUGCAGAGUUUCCAGCACCAAAGUGUUCGAAGAUCAUCUUCUGUUUCUCUGUACUAGGAGUUUGGAGAGAUCGCUUAAAACAUCCGAAUUCUUUUUGAAUGCUUUGGUGCACACAGAAAUGGGGAUAUGUUCCA